GUUUCAGUUUGGGAAGAUGAGAAAGUUCUGGAGACGGAUGGUGGGGAUGGUUGCACGACAGUGUGAAUGUGCUCGCUGCUGCUGAGCUGAACACUUUUACAAAUGAUGCAUUUUAUGUUAUUUGUAUUUUACCACACUUUAAAAUAAAGUUUUUUAAGAUGUAUUAAGAAUUUCAGGAUGGCAACAGCAGAGCAUGAAACUGAGCACGGACCAGCCCGGGGACCAGACGUUGCCCCAGUUGGCUGCGUCUUGCAUCCCCCUCUGGUGCAGCCAGCAGACCUCCCAGUGCUGCCAAGACGAUGUCGCCCUCGGUGCCCAGGUGGGGAGACACCUGCUCCCCACAGCUGGUGUUUUCAGCACCUGGACAGAUGCAGCCCAGGUCUCUCUGUAUGAAAAUCCACAGUGCGUUUGCUGGCAGAGAAGCAAGCUGGGUGGCGAUCGGGUCCCAAGGGCAGAAUUUUGGCUUCCCUCCUGACAAGGUCUGGGUGUUGCAGGUGGAGGACUGCCCCUGCUGGGGUCCCAACCGAAGGACCCCAAGGGGGGGCCUCGGCCACAGUCACCUAGAGAGGGGAGCAGGUCAGGCCCGGCUCUGAGCGAGGACGAAGUUUGCUCCCCUCCCCCCAUCACCUACCCCACAUCCCCCCUCUCCCAUGCUCCCCUGGCUGACCUAGGAGUCCCCGCUGGACUCCUGGCCCUGAGGGAGGGCGGCAGGGCCUGGGCCACCUGUGCCUCUGUCCCCACAGCUCACCUGUCCUCAACCUCUAUCCUUCCAGUCAUUCUUUUUUUCAGUCCUCACAUAUGCACUGGGUAGAACAUUUUAAGGCAGGUGGGCCAUCAACACACGAACAUAAACACAGUGUGGUCCAUCCAUACAGUGGAGUAUCAUUCAGCCGUAAAAAGGAAUGAAACACGGACAGACACACUACAACAUGGAUGAAGUCAGAGAACGUGAUGCUCAGUGUAAGAAGCCAGACACAAAAGGCCGCACAGUAUAUGAUUCUAUUGAUGUGAGAUGUCCGGAGCAGGCAGGUCCACAGAAAGUAGAUCAGUUAUUUCCAGAGGCUGGGGGAGGAGGGAACGAGAGCUGCUGCUUAAUGGACACAGGGUUUCCUUCUGGGGUGAAGCAAAUGUUUUGGAACAAGAUGGAGGCGGUGGUUGCACAACCUUGUGAGUGUAGGGAAGUCCACUGAACUGUUCAGUUUAAAAUGGUGAAUUUUCUGGGAAUUCCCUAGCAGUCCAGUGGUUAGGACUCUGUGCUUUCACUGCUGAGGGCAUGGGUUCAAUCCCUAGUCGGGGAACUAAGAUCCUGCAAGCCGCACAGCACAGCAAAUAAAAUAAGACAAAAUAGAAUAAAAUAGAAAUUUCUGAUACCGGAAUUUUAUCUCAAUUAAAAAAACAAAAAUCACCUUAGGGCUUUCCACUGCCAAGAGUUUGACAUUCGUGGUGGAUCAGCUGACCCAAUCAUGCGUGCUCAGCCCAUGUGGGGACCCCAUUUGGCACUCCAAAUCGGUCAGCUCACAUAGGGAAUAUUAAGUCUAUUCAUGCACAGAUAUUAGCGUGCAACAGGCAUUAACUAAAGACGUGUCUUAGUUUGCUAGGGUGGCUUAAACAACAGAAAAACUUCUCACAGUCCUAGAAACUAGAAGUCCAAGAUCAAGGUGUCAGCAGAGUUGGCUCCUUCUGAGGGCUGUGAGGGGGAAUCUCUCUCUCCUAGCUUCCAUGGUUUCUGGCCAUCUUUGGCAUUCCUUGGCUUCUGGUAGCCUGACUCCAAUUUAUGCCUUCACCUUCACAUGGAAUUCUCCCUGUGUGCACGUCUGUGUCCAAAUAAGGCCACCAGUCCUAUCGGAUUUGGGGUCCAGUAUGACCUCAUCUUUAUGAAUUACGUCUGCAAUGAACCUAUUUCCCAAUACGGUCACAUUCUGAGAGCCUGGGGGUUAUGACUCCAACACAUGAAUUUGGGGAGACAUAAUCCAACCCAUAACAACCUACAACGCGCUGGUUCUGAGAGUACAGAGAUGAGCCCAAAAGGACAGUCCCUGUCCGCGCUGAGCAUGUGCUACGCUGGUCAAGGCUGAGCACAGCAAACAAGUACAGAACCGGAGCAGGGGUGUCUAGAAAUGCGGGAAGCCGUUUGAUAUUGUUGCGACCUCCAAGCGCAUCCUCAGCUAACCCUUCUCCUUGCCCAGGGUCGAAGCCAAUCUUAGAAGUCGCUUGGCACUUUCCCAGCUGUGUGUUGGCCACAUACAGCAGAACCGCACGUUGCUUCACAAGAGGUUGGCAAUUUAAAAAGAAGCACAACCACAACCUGAUGCUUCACUAUACAUUGUUAGAGAAGAACAGUGAGCCUCAAGAAGGAACAGCAGAGGGGCCCAAUCUAGAGGGGGCUCAAGCAACUGGCGGGGAUUUCAUCCAAUCAGGAGGGGUCAGAGUAGGGAGGAGGACGGAGAAGCCAUUGGCGGAGCCGGGCAGGAGGAAUCCAAGGGCAGUGGGGCAGGGCUCCUGGGACGACUCCAUCCAUAGACACAGCUGCACCUGCCAGAAGCCGUAAGCAAAGCCAGAAGAAGACAGACCCCUGGUGGUGCCGGCAUUGUCAGCCUGGACCCCAAGCUUGGUCCCGGCAAUCCCCUCAGCUCCUCUGUUCCACAGAAGGCUCAAAGGCAGAGGGCCUGGGAGGGAUGGGGGAAGUCUCAGCUUUGAUGAUCCCAGCCUCCCACAUCACCCAUGUCAUAGAACCUGCCCUCAGUCCUGCUCCAGCCUUCCUGUCUUUGUCCUUUGGCAACGCUACUCCUGUUCCUUGCAUAUUAACUGUGUCCUUUAUUUUCUGUAUUCUGAUGAUUUGACAUCUUGGGGCCUUGGUGAUCUGGGAGAGACUCCCAGGGCUAGCUAAUUCCUAGAGAGAGUAAGCAACUUACCAACAAGUGCACCUUUUGUGUUGGUGGACAAAUCCACCAGUCCAGAGACGAUAGCGGCAACCACCUCCUUUAUCAGGCUUUCACACUCCAGGAGGUAAUAUUCCUCUGCCCUGAUCACCCCAGCACCAGGUGCCAGACAACUAGGGCCAGCCCCUACACCCAGAGCCUGCUGAAGUUAUUCAAAUUAGCCAAGCGUAAGCCUGCCUACGCUUCCUUGCCCAUUUCUCCCCAUGGAAACCACAAUAAAGGCUGCUGCACACGCUCCCCGCCAGCCCCACCUUCCACCCCCCACCUCCUGACCAACCCUGGCCACCAACUCCUAAUUUAUCCCUCCCCCCCUUUACCCUUUGGUAACCAUAAGUUUUCUAUGUCUGUGAGUCUAUUUCUGUUCUGUAACUAUGUGUCACUUUUUAGAUUCCAUUUAAACUAUUUUUAAGUGUCCAGUUCAGUGGCAUUCAGUACAUUCACUUUAUUGGGCAACCAUCCCCACCCUCCAUCUCCAGAAUUUCCUCAUCUGAAUUUCCCAAACUGAAACUCUGUCCCCAUUAAUCACUAACUCGCCAUUUCCUGUGUAUAUUCUUUUUUUCUAAAUUUACUGAAGUAUAGUUGACUUACAACGUUGUGUUAAUAUCUGCUGUACGGCAAAGAGAUUCAGGUAUUCAUACAUAUAUUCUGUUUCAUAUUCUUUUCCAUUAUGGUUUAUCACAGGAUAUUGAAUAUAGUUUCCUAGGCUGUACAGUAGGACCUUGUUGUUUAUGUAUCCUACACAUAAUAGUUUGUAUCUGCUAAUCCCAAACUCCCAAUACUUCCCUCCCCCACUCCCCCUCCCCCUUUGCAACCACAAGUCUGUUCUCUAUAUGUGUGAGUCUGUUUCUGUUUUGUAAAUAUGUUCACUUGUGUCAUAUUUUUGAUUCCACAUAUAAAUUACAUCAUAUGGUAUUUGUCUUUCUCUUUCUGACUUACUUCGCUUAGUAUGAUAAUCUCUAGGUCCAGCCAUGUUGCUGCAAAUGGCAUUAUUUCAUUCUUCUUACUGGCUGAGUAAUAUUCCAUUGUCUAAGCGCCACAUCUUCUUUAUCCAUUCAUCUGUCGAUGGACAUUUAGAUUGUUUCCAUAUCUUGGCUAUUGUAAAUAGUGCUGCCAGGAACAUUGGGGUGCAUGUAUCUUUUCAAAUUAUAGUUUUGUCUGGGUAUAUGCCCAGGAGUGGGAUUGCUGGGUCAUAUGGCAACUCUAUUUUUAGUUUUUUGAGGAACCUCCACACUGUUUUCCACAGUGGCUGCACCAGUUUACUACAUUCCCACCAGCAGCAUAGGAAGGAGGGUUCCCUUUUCUCCACACCCUCUCCAGCAUCUGUUAUUUGUAGACUUUUUAAUGAUGGCCAUUCUGACAGGUGUGAGCUGGUACCUCAUUGUAGUUUUGAUUUGCAUUUCUCUAAUAAUUAAUGAUGAUGAGAAGCUUUUCAUGUGCCUAUUGGCCACCUGUAUGUCUUCUUUGGAACCCUGUGUUUAUUCUUAAUAAGUAAUGUUCACUGUGCAAAGCAUACAAGGUCCAAAGAUGAGUGAAGGAAAGCUCCCCCUCCCUCUGGUUUCCCAGCCACCUGGCUUUCCUCUCUCGAGCUGCCUGUGUGUUUCCCUCCUGAAAAACUCUGCACAUUCAAGCCAACUGUAGGUCUAUGCUGUAUUUUAAGUGGGGAAGGGGAGGCGAGGCCACCAGAUCUGUGUUUUAAGCCCACCCAAAUGCUGAGAGGAGAAUGGCUCUUUACGUGUAGAGUUUCGUGCAUUUCAGAAACCGUAGGCUUAUUUAACAAAUGUUUUCAGAUUCAUCCAUGCUGUAGCAUGUAUCAGAACUUCAUUCCUGGGACUUCCCUGGCGGUCCAGUGGUUAGGGCUCAGUGCUUUCACUGCCAGGGCCCGGGUUCAUCCCUGGUCAGGGAACUAAGAUCCUGCAAUCCACAUGGCCAGAAAAAAAAAAAAGAAAGAAAGAAAGAAAGAAAAGGAAAGAGAAAAGAACUUCAUUCCUUUUUAAGGCUGAAUAACAUUCCAUCGUAUGGAUGGACCACAUUUCGUUUUUCCAUUCAUUCAUCAGUGGACACCUACAUUGCUUCCACCUUUGGGUUAUGAUGAAUAAUGCUGCUAUGAACAUGGGUGUGCCAAUACCCCUUUGGUCCCACUGUUUAUUUUUUUUCUCUCUUCCCUCCCCACCUCCCCUUCCUGGGUCAUGGUAACAAAGGAGUUGAUAAUGGCACCCAAGACUGAAGAGACAGACCUUAGCAUGAUAAGGCCAAAGAAGUAAGCUAAAAUCAUAACCCACUGUGACUUUCAUGGGUCCCAGGCACUUUUGCCUUCAUGGGUCCCAUCCUUCACGAAAAAAAGAAAAAAAAUUUUAAAUUAUAUUUUACAACUAAGUUGGCAUAAAGAUGACUAUAAUUCCAGCUAGAUUAUAUAUAUUUCCCUUCUUAUUAAAAAAAAAAAAAGUGAAACAUUUGCAAGGGCCCCCAAAGUGUCGUGGGCCCUAGGCAACUAAUAGGUAGGUCAGCCCUGCUAAGAGGUCAGGCCUGGUUCUUUGAAAGGCCUGAUCGCCUUAGAAGCCCUGCAUCUGCUGCCUGACUGUUCCACCCACACCCUCCAUAGACUCUAAUAAGUGCAAAUAAUUGUGAGAAGAGAGAUGAGGUUCCAGAGAGAGAGAGUGUCCUCAAGGGCCAUUGGAGAUGCUAGAAGCCCCUCCCGAUCGCCCGCCUGCGAUGGCCAAGGGCACUGCACCACGGCCGCGCCUGGAGGUUGACAACCAGGUGUGCCACCGACCUGCACCAUAAAAGGUUUCCUUGUCCCUGAGUCCUGAGCGCCCUGACUCCUGGCUGCUCAGCAGGCCCAUCUGCCACGUCCCCUUCGUUUGGGACACUGUGAUCUCCUAGCGACCACAGUGCCCUCCUCACUGGAGCCAGAGGGGGAAUCUUUCCACAAAACAGAACUGACCGUAUGGCUCACACAACACCCCGCCACGCCCCAUUUAAAACUCCCCGGAGCUCCUGGCUUAGGCGACCCUCGUGAUCUUGUCCCUGCCUAGUCUCUCCGGCCAAGCUCUUUUGCUCCCCCUGAUAUUUCCCCAAUCUGUCCUCAUCCCCUGCUGGUGCCGUCCCCACAGCAAGCCUUCUAGUCUAGCUGCCCUUUAUGGCUUCUUUCAAACGCCUUCGAUUUCCCCAUCCUAGCACUUGAGUGGCUUAACUUCUGGAGGCCUUUGCUUCCUUGCCAGGAAAGGGAAUGAUGCCACCAGCUUCACAGAUAUGAAGGAGGAUUCAAAGCCUGUCUUACAGACGGCCCUUGCUUUCACAUCACCUGGUCUGGGCACAGCCGACGGGGCCAGGGGUCUAUGCUGUGACCUGGGUCCGAGGCUCUGCCCUAACCAGGCCAGCUAGAUUCUCUUUGUUGACGUGGUCAGUACGGGCAGCUUCCUUUCCCUCUGCAAGCUUUGGGUGCCGGUCUGUACGAGAGCGCUAAUGAUAGCAUCCGCCUUGAAGGCUGGUGGGCUGGUGCUAAAUGAGACACCGCUUCCUGGGGCCUAGCACGCCGUCUGGAACAGGGAAGGCACACAGCCAGUGCCAGCAGCUAUUAUUAUUCCUGAGGAAGGGGAACAGGAGAAGGAGGAGAGAGUCAGCUGGGUAGAGGGGGCAGCAGAAGUGGGAAGGAGGCCAGACAGAAGUGAGACAGAUGGCGGAGGCCCGUGGGCAGCAGAAGCUGGGUGUGCGCAGGGGCUCUGAGCCUGAGGGGAGAGGUAGAGGAUCUGUUGUCUGAGUUUGCAUGGGCUGCCCUAACAGAGGACCACAGUCUGGGCAGCUUACACAACAGAAAUUAAUCUUCUCGCCGUUUUGGAAGCUGCAAGUCCACAGUCAAGGUGUCUGUAGGGCUGGUUUCUCCUGAGGCAUCUCUGCUAGCCUUGCAGACAGCUGUCCUCUCCCUGUGUCUUUACAUGGUCGUCCCUCUGUGUGUGUCUGAGUCCUAAUCUCCUCUUCUUAUACGGACACCAGUCAUACUGGCUUAGGUCCCACCCCAGUGACCUCAUUUUACCGUAAUUACCACCUCAAAGGCCCUCCCUCCAAACACACAUCCUGAGGUCCUGGGGUUAGGACUUCAAUACAUGACUUUGGAGGGACACCACUCAGCCUAUAACAGCUGGUGAGGGGGUCGUUGGGAGAAGGGGAGCAGGAAGGUUGGAGACAACAGAUUCCUCUUAAUAACGGAGUGCCUGCAUCCCAGUCUGAGGCUGGAGGGACGGUUCAGUUCUGCCCAUGAGGCCCAGCUGCAGGGUUAGAUGCCCGUCCCCCCCCCACACUCAGGCUCCUUCCAGCCACAGAGGGCCUCCCUAUGUGUGAAGCACUUGGCACCCUGCCUAGCCCAGGAAGAGCUCUACAAAUCGUAGCUAUUAUUGUUCUAAGGGUUAUUUGAUCAGUGAUAUUAAUUUCAGAAAAAAAUAUCAAUGAGGUCAAAAAUAUUAAGAACCUGAUUAUAUAAUGAUUACCGUUACCGUAAAAUUGGAGCUGUGGCAUUAUUAAACCUAGAGCCUUCGUAACAUACAAUAAUAAAAUGGAAAAAAAAUGUUAGGACUAGAAGACAUUGACAGAGGUGUUCAUUGCGGCGGGAACUGAAUAUCAUCCUACUGAGUGCAUAAAAAACAAGUAAUUGAUCCAGCAGUUGCCCCUGUUGGGAUUUUUCCAAACGAGGUUAAAACUUACCAGCACGCAAAAACCUGCACGUGGAUGUUUACGGCAGCUUUAUUCAAAAUUACCAACCAAGACGUCCUUCAGCAGGUGAGUGGCUAAAUACACUGUGGUAUAUCUGGACAGCACUCAAAAGAAAUGACCUACCCAGCCAUGAAAACAUGGAGGAAACUUAAAAUGCACGUGACUAAGUGAAAGAAGCCCAUCAGGAAAGGCUACAUGAUGUAUGAUUCCAACUCUAUGACAUUCUGGAAGAGGCAAACCUAUGGAGACAGUAAAAAGAUCAGUGGUUUCCAGGGGUUAUGGGGCAGGGAGGGAUGAAUAGGCAGAGCCCAGAGGAGUUUUAGGACAAUGAAAUUAUUGUCUGAUACCGUGAUGGUGGAUACAGGUCAUUGUUCAUUUGUCCAAACCCAUAGAAUGUUCAACACCAAGAGUGAACCCUAAUGUAAACCAUGGACUCUGGGUGGCGAUGAUAUGUCAGUGCAGGUUCAUUGAUUGUUACAAAGGCACCACUCUGGUGCCAGUGUUGACAGUGGCGGGGAGGCUGUGUGGGGCGGCUGGGGGGCAGGGAUUAUAUGGGAACUCCCUGGACUUUCUGCCCAAUUUUGCUAUGAGCCUAAAACUCUAAAAAAUAAAAUUUUAUGUUCCAAAAAAAAAAACCCAACAGAAAACAAAGAAUGGUUCCUAAUUAUUUUUUUUACGUUAAUGCCUAUAUUGAGACUAGUAAGGCGAAUACAUUAAAAUUAUGCAUCUAUUCAUUAAAAAUAAUGACACAGACACCAUUUCCCCUAUUAGCAAUAUCUUAGACUGGUAGGAGACAUUUGUUACAAUUAAGGAACUGAUACCGAUACAUUAUAAUGAACUGAAGUCCAUACUUUAUUCAGAUUUUCUCAGAUUUCCCCUAAUGUCCUUUUUCUGCCCCAGGUUCUGUUUGGUACAACUGUAACAAAUAACGUUUGAGUCAGCCCUCAAUCUUGGCCUCCCCAGGCCAUAGAAUCAAAUUGCUCUAACACUUACAAAGAGUGUAGGUGGGGGGCAGCCUCUAACAUAGCCUCCAGGACCCCCUACCUCCUAUAUUCACGCUCUGGUCUGAUCCUGUCCCCUUGAGGGUGGGCAGGACCUAGUGAGUCCCUUUUAACUAACAGAAUAUGACAAAUGUGGUGGGAUGUCACAGCCAAGAUUUGGUUACAAAAGACUGUCUUGCUGGCCCUCUCUUGCACCCUCGGAUGGGAGCCAACCGCCAUAAUGGAAGCAGAAACUGAAGAGGGUCACCAGGCAACAGUCAGUGGGAAGCGGAGGCCCUUCAUCCAUCAGCCAGCAAGGGACUGAAUCCUGCCAACAGCCACCCAGCCAGCAAGAUGGAUUUGAGAUGAGUCUACGUCUCCCAUCUUCCAGGCCCAGGCCGCACUAGGCCGACGCGGCGGAUGACGCCAUCGGAUGACGCCGCGAGAAGGUCACACGGGAUCUUCCAGCAUGGCGGCGGCGGCGGCGCUGCGGGGAUGCUGGUGCCGCUGCCCGCGGAGAUGCCUUGGAGGUGGAGUCCGUUUUCUCUCCGGCCACAAUCUAGUGCCACUACCCCAUGGUACCUAUCAGAUGCCCCGGCCGAGUGGAGAGCUGACCCUGUCCAGAUCCUAUUCUUCUGGAAACAGGAAAGGCUUUCUCUCCGGCUUGCUAGAUAAUAUCAAACAAGAAUUAGCCAAAAACAAAGAAAUGAAAGAAAGUAUAAAAAAGUUCCGAGACGAGGCCCGGAAGCUGGAAGAGUCCGAUGCGCUCCAGGAAGCCAGGAGGAAAUACAGAACCAUUGAAUCAGAAACCAUGCGGACGGGCGAGGUGAUCAGGAAGAAGCUGGGGGAGAUCACCGGCACCGUGAAGGAGAGUCUUGACGAAGUCAGUAAAAGUGACCUUGGCCGGAAAAUCAAGGAGGGUGUGGAAGAAGCAGCCAAGACCGCCAAGCAGUCGGCUGAGUCUGUGUCCAAAGGUGGGGAGAAGCUUGGCAGGACCGCCGCCUUCAAAGCCCUCUCCCAGGGUGUGGAGUCCGUCAAGAAGGAGAUCGACGAGAGUGUCCUGGGGCAGACCGGGCCCUACAGGCGGCCCGAGCGGCUCAGGAAAAGGAAAGAGUUCUCGGGAGAGAAAUUCAAGGAAGAGAAAGUGUUUGAGGCCAAUGAGGAGGCCCUGGGGGUCGUGCUGCACAAGGACUCCAAGUGGUAUCAGCAGUGGAAGGACUUCAGGGACAACAACGUGGUGUUUAAUCGGUUCUUCGAGAUGAAGAUGAAGUAUGACGAAAGCGACAACGCUUUCAUCCGGGCGUCCCGCCUGCUGACAGACAAGGUCACAGACUUGCUGGGGGGCCUGUUCUCGAAGACGGAGAUGUCGGAGGUGCUCACGGAGAUCCUGCGGGUGGACCCCGCCUUCGACAAGGACCGCUUUCUGCAGCAGUGUGAGAACGACAUCAUCCCCAACGUCCUGGAGGCCAUGAUUUCUGGAGAGCUCGACAUUCUCAAAGACUGGUGCUAUGAAGCUACCUACAGCCAGUUGGCCCACCCGAUCCAGCAGGCCAAGGCGCUGGGCCUCCAGUUCCACUCCCGCAUCCUGGACAUCGACAACAUCGACUUGGCCAUGGGCAAGAUGAUGGAGCAGGGCCCUGUGCUGAUCAUCACCUUCCAGGCCCAGCUGGUGAUGGUGAUCAAGAAUCCCAAAGGCGAGGUGGUCGAGGGUGACCCGGACAAGGUACUGCGAAUGCUGUGCGUGUGGGCUCUCUGCCGAGACCAGGGCGAGCUCAACCCCUAUGCGGCCUGGCGGCUCUUGGACAUCUCCGCCUCCAGCACAGAGCAGGUCCUCUGAGUGCAGCAGCCACGAGUGGGGCCUCGGGGCUGGAUCGUCACUGCAGACACACGGGGGACUGGUGUCCACCUGCAGCAACUAGACCUCUGGGGACAAGACUGUCAGCUGUGCCCCCGCCGUGCCAGGACUGCUGCAGAGCUAGCGGGAUGCGGCGGGGAAGGGAGGGGCUGCUGUGCACAACGCCAGCCCCAGCACCGCCCCUCUGCCCCAUGGGGGCUGCUUGGGCCGUGGGCACCCAGGCUACGGGCAGUGCCCAGAGGCCCCCAGCCCAGGGGUACCCUCCCAGGACCCAGUGGUGCGGCCUGGGCCCACUGGCCACAUCAGCCAGGCCGUUUCAGCCUUUUUUUUUCUUUUUUUUUUUUUUUUUUAACAGUGCCCUUAUUAUUAUCCUAUACAUAUGCAGAGAUUUGGAAAUAAUAAAACACCAAAGUGCAGGAGAGCAA